GAUAAAUUCAUCCCUCGGAGAUUACCCGGUGUAGUUUCUAGGGUUGGAAAGUGUCGGCAGAAGAGGAUCUACGAGGGUUUGGCGUGUAGCGACCCGUGUCAGUAGAGGACAGCUGGAGAUGCUGAAGAAUCCAUCCAAGGCGCUACUCGACAAAGGGAAUGAUCCCCCUCACAAGGCGACAAGGCAGCUCGAGGACGAAACCAGUCACCUCGCACCACAUCAGCAGCAUGCGCCCACGCGCGGGAACCAUGCCCCUACAAGCUCCGAUGGCAGUUACGUCGUUCCAGACGCCGAUGCCGCAGCCAUCACCUUUCCAGCCCAGCUGGUCAGCACCAUGGCCCCUGUCAACUUGACCGGCGCACUUAACGCCGCAGGGCCAUCGCGUCCCCCGCGAACUACGAAUCCGCAGAUCACUCCUGAUGGUCAUUGCGUCUCGAUUGAGAGUGAUGACGGCGAGUGGGACAUCCCGAGGUCCCACAAGAAGAAGAAAGGAAAAAACAUCCGGCCAGCGACCUCCCAAAACUCCGCCUUCGAAAGGCUGGGGGAUAGGGAGGAAAGCCAGAGGAAGUCAGCCAAGCAAAGGCUGGGGCAGAGUGUUGCCCAUGUCAGCGCAUUCGCCCGGCUAGGCGAGGUGCGGGAGGCCGAGCCUGCCCGCACCCGGCGCUCCCGGUCUAACCGGCAGGAGCCAACGAGGACGAGGGCCUCCCACGAGGAAGGGGAGGCAGAAAGCCAGCCCAGGUUACCGGUGGCGAACCGGUUAGCCAUCCUAAACGACCGCGUCCAGCAGAUGGAGGCAAAGCUGGAAAGGCUGGAAAAGAAGGUCGGAGAGAAGAAUGACCGGGACAAACCCCUGGCAGGGUCCCCGUUCACCACAAGGGUCCAUCUGACACCUUUACCGCGAAAGGUCAAGAUCGACGCCCCCAGAUUCACCGGGAAGGAAGAUCCGGAAAUCCAUCUGGACUCCUUCAACCAGAGUGCGACCAUGAACGGUUGCACCGAUGAAGAAAAGUGCCUUCUUUUCUUCCAGACCUUGCGGAACCGAGCCACUGAAUGGUUCAAUAAGCUUCGCCCGGGAAGUAUUGACUCGUUCAGUGAUUUGGCCUCAAAGUUCAAGGCCAAAUCAAAAAAGUUCAAGGACAUCAAAUGCGUCCACAACGCAAUUCUUGGAAGGCCAGGCAUCAAUAGAGUUGGGGCGGUGAUUUCCAUGCCUCAUCUAUGCAUGAAGUUCCACACUCCAGGUGGUGUGGGUGAGGUGAAGGGCGAUCAGAGGAACGCCCGGGAGUGCUAUGCCCAGGCAGUCAAGAAGAUGACCAAGGGGGUCAAUGUCAUCUCCCAAGAGAUCACAAAGGGAGAGACCCGGGAGAAAUUGGAGCCCAACCCAGAAAAAAUCCGGGCCAUCACUGAAAUGCAAGCCCCUACCUCCAUUAGGGAUGUUCAAAAGUUGACCGACUUACCGGUCAACAAGCCCACUGAGCAAUGGUGGGAGAUGGCAGUUGACGGAGCAUCCGGUCCUAGAGGAUACUGGGGUGGUAUCGUGUUCACCACCCCAGAAGGGUUCAAGAUCUACCAUGCAAUCGUCUUCAACUUCAAACUGACGAACAAUGAGGCAGAAUAUGAAGCUCUGGCUGGAGGGCUCAGACUUGCCCAAGCCCUGAAAAUCAGCCGGGUCAGUAUCAAAUCUGACUCUAGCCUGAUAGUUGGGCAAGUGACCGGUAACAUGGAAGCAAGGGAAGGACGCAUGGCACAAUACAAGGACCUUGUACAUGCCCUAUUGAGAGGCUUCGAAGAGUUCAAGAUCGCCCAAAUUCCCCGGGCGGAAAACGCGGAUGCAGACCUUCUCUCCAAAUUGUCGCAGUAUGCUCCCGAGCAUGUUUCAAAACUUGCCCGGGCAGAGAUCCUUGACCGCGCAAGCAUUGAAAAAUUGGAAGUCGCCGCUAUAACGGCCGGAAGCCAAUUUGACCGGUCAAACUUGGUCGGGGCGGACGACCAUUGGAUGUAUGAUCUGAUGGAAUAUUUGGUGGAUGGGAGCUUGCCAGAAAAAGAUGACCGGGCAAGAAAAGUGAAGCUCAGGGCACCCCGAUUCCAGAUUCUUGAUGGAAAGCUGUAUAAAAGGGCAUUUGGGGGGGCACUCCUGAGAUGUCUAACCAACCGGGAGGCUGAGCGAGUCAUCGCGGAGGUCCACGAAGGCGUAUGCGCGGCGCAUCAAAUGUCCCCAAGGCUGCCUAUCGAAGCUGAAUUCCCCACGUUUCGGGAGUCAAAUUAUCAACCCCAGCAGAAUGAGGAAGAUCACUUGGCCGAACUCAACUUGGUCGAAGAGCAGAGAAUGGCCGCGGAAGUUAAAAUGAGUACAUACCAACAAGUUGUGAAGAAGUACCAUGACAACAAGGUUGGGCCGCGGUACUUCCAAGUUGGUGAUGAAGUCCUACGAAGAAGAGAAGCAAGUAGACCCGGAGACGGGGGAAAGCUAGCAAUAAACUGGGAAGGCCCAUACAGGGUUAGAGCCAUCAUCCGGCCAGAAACAUACCGGUUGGAAACUUUAGAUGGUGUACCGAUAGAAAGAACUUGGAAUUCCCACCAUCUUCGCAAGUUCUACAAAUGAUUGUAAUACUAGGCGAGGCCUAACUACAUUAUCAAUCAAAGUAAUAUUCAAUGCUCUACUUGGUAGCGGCAGAAUUGGUAGGUCGAACCUAUCCUAGGAGGGCUUCCUGGGUGGAUCGAAUCCACUUGGAUAAGCCAACUGAGACACAGGCCCGGACCUGACACGCUAGUUACUACACCGGUCUUGCUCAGUAUAAUAGAAAAAAUAUUAAAACCCGGA